AUGUAUGUCAAACAAGAGUUCCGAUCGAAGCGGGAUGUCCAAGCCGCUAUAAAACAUUACUGCAUGAAUGAACAUCAAGAAGCUAUAGUUGUUGAGAGUACUACGACGAAGUUAUCUAUGAAAUGUCGUAAACAUGAAGAAGGUUGCAGCUGGCGAGUUAGGGCAUUUAAACCUAAGAAUUGCAACAAUUGGGUAGUCAGUAAAUGGGGUAGAAAUCAUUCUUGUGUUAGCACAACCCUUUCGCAAGAUCACAAACAACUUGAUUCACAAUUUAUUUCCGAGUCCAUUAUAGACAUGGUCAAGGCUUCACCUUCAGUGGCAGUGGUCUUGAUUCAAGAACGAGUUUGUGGCCUUUUUGGAUUUAAUGUUUCUUAUAGGAAGGCAUGGAAGGCAAAGCAGAAAGCAAUUGCUAAGAUUUAUGGUGAUUGGGACGAGUCUUAUACGUUUUUGCCAAGAUGGUUCGGGCACAUGUUGAAUUUUUCUCCCGGGUCUGUUUAUCAUAUUCAACAUGGACCGUGUGUCAUGAAUCGACAGGUCGAUGGUACGCAUCUGUACGGUAAAUAUAAAGGGACAUUACUGAUCGCCACAACGCAAGAUGGAAACAAUGAGGUCUUGCCAAUUGCAUUCGCGAUUGUUGAAAUCAGCAAUGCAGACAUUGGAUGGCAACCUCCCAAUGCAUACCAUGUUUUUUUCCUUCGUCAUGUAGGGAGCAAUUUUAAUACACGUUUCAAGGACCAGUACAUGAAGGGUUUUCUAAAGAAGCUAGGAUAUAUCCCAAAUAAAGAUUACUUUGAUGCUGCGUAUGCCGAGUUCUGCAGCAUUAGUCCGGAUGUCGCUACAUGGAUUGAGGCCAUUCCAAAAGAGAAAUGGACUCGGAGUUAUGAUGAGUGUGGUCGAAGAUACGGGCACAUGACAACUAACUUGUCUGAAUCAGUGAACAAGGUUUUCAAGGGAGCGAGGAACAUGCCAAUAACGUCUUUGGUCAAAUGCACAUAUAGUCGACUUGCUCGUUAUUUUUUCAAAAGAGGGUGUAAAGAACAUAAAGAUGCCGAGAUUGGGAAGCAUUUCUCAAAAGUUAUCUCAGAAAAUAUGACAAAGAAUAGUGAGAGGGCAACAUCGAUGCGUGUUCGGGAGUAUAAUGUGGCGCGUACUACCUUUGAAGUUGAUGAUCAAGGCAAUACAUAUUGGGUGCACCUGAGUGAUGGGAAAUGCCAAUGUAGUAAGUUUCAAGCUUUCAAAAUCCCGUGCAGCCAUGUUAUUGCAGCGUGUAAGAAGGUAGCCCACGAUGUUGAUCAAUACGUGGAUCCGGUAUUCUCUGUAAGCUCUAUUAUCCAUGUGUACUCAUCUCCAUUUCAGCCUAUUGGUAGUGAAGAUGGAAUACCCCCACAUCCCGGACCAAAACUCAUCCCUGAUGUCUCACUAAUGCGUGGUCGCGGGCGUCCUAAAUCCACACGUAUCCGUAAUGAAAUGGAGGAAGUUGAAGAGCAACCAACAUCUAGCCGAACGAAAUGCAGUAUCUGCAAACAAGCUGGACACAAUAGGCGUUCAUGUCCUACAAUACGCACAUCCAAUUAA